UUAUAGGGAGGUUGGAAUACUGCUGUUAGGGUUUUUGAGUAGCACUCCCUAGCUGCUAUAUCAUGUUUGUGGUUUUAGGGUUUUGAGUAAUUUUCCUUGUUACGUUAUUGUCAUUUUUAUCUCUUUCCAGUCUUCCAUUGCGCAGAGCGAAAAAUGGCACCCAAGAAAGAAAAGGCUCCUCCUGCCUCCAAGCCUGCUAAAUCUGGAGGCGGUGGCAAGCAAAAGAAGAAGAAAUGGAGCAAAGGAAAGCAGAAGGAGAAGGUGAAUAAUAUGGUUCUCUUUGAUCAGGCCAGCUAUGAUAAGCUUCUUUCCGAAGCACCCAAAUAUAAGCUCAUCACUCCUUCCAUUUUAUCAGACAGGUUGAGGAUUAAUGGUUCUCUUGCAAGAAAAGCCAUUAAAGAUUUGAUGGCACGAGGUUCUAUCAGGAUGAUUUCUGCUCAUUCAAGUCAGCAGAUAUACACCAGAGCAACAAAUACAUGAAUGUUGUUUGGUGAUGAAUUGUUGUGUUGUUGGCAUUCUCUGUUUUGGGCUGGAAUAUUCAAUUAAGAGGCACAGUUCAGAUUUGUUAUUUGCUGAGCAAAAUUGUGACAAGAAUGUAGACAAUAUUAAUAUGCUUUAGAUCAGUAUAGCAUGCUUUUUGUUUUAUUAGAUACGGCAGUGUUGAUCAGCUAUAGCCUAUUUUGGAUAUAUAUUUUAUAGAUAAAUGGUUUAGUUUGA